CAUGGCUUACGUAUAUGAAACCCUUUGAAUGGAUCAUUCAGUAUGACUUAGGUGCAACAGCACUAACUGUUUCAUUUAGUUCAAGUCCCGAUCAUUAUAGACAAGUCACGGAUAUAUUUGAAAAAGCAGGAUUUCGCUGA